AAAGGAGAUACUCCUCUUCAUAUUGCCAUUCGUGGAAGAAGCCGUAAACUUGCUGAGUUACUGUUAAGAAAUCCAAAAGAUGGUAGAUUGCUUUAUAGACCCAACAAAACAGGAGAAACACCUUAUAAUAUUGAUUGUAGCCACCAGAAAAGUAUUUUAACACAGAUAUUUGGAGCCAGACACUUGUCUCCUACGGAAUCUGAUGGUGACAUGCUGGGUUACGACCUGUACAGCAGUGCUUUGGCUGAUAUUCUGAGCGAACCAACCAUGCAGCCACCUAUCUGUGUAGGCUUAUAUGCACAAUGGGGAAGUGGAAAAUCUUUCCUGCUCAAGAAACUGGAAGAUGAAAUGAAGACUUUUGCAGGACAGCAGAUUGAACCUCUGUUUCAGUUCUCCUGGCUUAUUGUAUUCCUCACACUUUUGCUGUGCGGAGGUUUGGGUUUAUUGCUUGCUUUCACAGUGGAUGCAAAGCUUGGAAUAGCGGUGUCACUCAGCUUAUUAGCAGUUCUCUACAUUUUCUUUACUGUAAUUUACUUUGGUGGUCGAAGAGAAGGUGAGAGCUGGAACUGGGCCUGGGUGUUAAGUGCAAGGUUGGCAAGACAUAUUGGAUAUUUAGAGUUACUUCUCAAACUCAUGUUUGUGAACCCACCAGAAUUACCAGAGCAAACCACUAAAGCUUUACCUGUCAGAUUUUUGUUUACGGACUACAAUAGACUGUCCAGUGUAGGUGGAGAAACUUCAUUGGCUGAGAUGAUUGCUACCCUCUCUGAUGCUUGUGAAAGGGAAUUUGGUUUCUUAGCAACAAGGCUAUUUCGAGUUUUCAAGACAGAAGAUACACAAGGUAAAAAGAAAUGGAAGAAAACUUGCUGUCUCCCAUCCUUUGUGAUUUUCUUGUUCAUAUUGUCUUGCGUUGUUUCUGCAAUUGCCCUGCUGGCGAUUUUUAAUGUAGAAUCGGCCAACGUGACAGUGAACGUUAUUCUUAUAUCAGUUACCUGUGUUGUUGGUUUGGCCUUUAUCUUGAAUUGCCGCACGUGGUGGCAAGUGAUGGAUUCGGUUUUGAAUUCGCAAAGAAAACGUCUGCACAAUGCUGCUUCCAAGCUUCACAAGUUGAAAAGCGAGGGGUUCAUGAAGGUUUUGAAAUGUGAAGUGGAACUGAUGGCCAAAAUGGCAAAAACCAUUGAUAGCUUCACGCAGCACCAGACAAGGCUUGUUGUAAUUAUUGAUGGGUUGGAUGCUUGUGAACAAGACAAAGUUUUACAGAUGCUUGAUACUGUGCGAGUCUUGUUUUCAAAAGGCCCAUUUAUUGCUAUUUUUGCAAGUGACCCACACAUUAUUAUAAAGGCUAUUAACCAGAAUCUCAACAGUGUUCUACGUGAUUCAAACAUAAAUGGACAUGAUUACAUGCGAAACAUAGUCCAUUUGCCCGUUUUUCUGAAUAGCCGAGGGCUUAGUAAUGCAAAAAAACUGAUGGUAGCUUCAACAACAAAUGGGGAUAUUCCUUAUGCAGAUAAUGCAGGAUUGCAUGAAGAGGUUGACAGGAGAGUUUCUCAGAACAGUCUUGGAGACAUGACCAAGCUUGGUAGCAAAACUGCUCUCAAUAGGCGGGAUACUUACCGAAGACGACAGAUGCAACGUACCAUUACCCGCCAAAUGUCUUUUGAUUUGACCAAGCUGUUGGUUACAGAGGAUUGGUUCAGUGAUAUCAGUCCUCAGACCAUGAGAAGAUUGCUAAAUAUUGUUUCAGUGACAG